UAAAUUAUGAAAAUCUUAAUGAAUUAUUACAAAAACAUGAUUUUAAUAAUAAGUACGUUGUAUGCCCCAAAAUAUUAUGAACACAGCAACAACAAACUACAGCUGUAAUGCACGGCAUGAUAAAAAAGUAAUAAAACAAAUUUGCUGCGAUAUACGAGUAUAUCUUAUCUUAAAAAAAAUGUCAAAUAAUCGAAAUUAUCAUCGUAAUUAUCUUUACAAGUGAUAAACAAAACUAAAGGAGAAGGGUAGAGCAUCCAAAUUAACAAGUCAUUGAAAAUCGCAAUUUAUUAUCUAGCCGACGCAAAGUAUAGACGCAUUAGUCGUUUUUAUCACACAUUUUUUGUAAGUCUUCGUCAUGCUGCUUUUUCAGCUAUGACAUUUGUGAAUAUUUACUACACGAUAGAUAACGGUAUCUGUAUAAAUCCGUAUAUAAAAACAAUAAAUUUAAAAUAUACCAAUUGUCAUCAAUCUGUGAAAGUGUAACCAUGCGGGUCUUUGGGCAUAUAUUAUUUUUAUAUUCCAUUUUCAUUGUGAAUUCCAAUGAAGCAGCAAGAAUAUUGGUAGUGGUUCCAACAGCAUCUGUCAGUCACCAAGUUGUUUUCCGACCUCUGAGUCAAGAGCUCGCCAAAAGAGGACAUGAUGUCACAAUCAUCACAACAGAUCCCGCCUUCCCGAAAGGAGGAGCUCCUGCUAAUCUGACAGAAAUCGAUCUUCACGAUUUAACGUACAAAGGUUUCAUAGACGAAAUAAGCAAAAUGCCAAAAGGUAAUAAGAAGGACAUGUUAAAUAAUUUCAGAAUAUUUUAUAAGUUUUGGCCUAAACUUUUCGGUAAGCAGUUAAAAGACGAAAGUGUGCAACGUUUGAUUAAAGAUAAAAAUCAGAAAUUCGAUCUGUUGAUCUUAGAAGCAGGUGUCAGACAAGCGCUAGUGUUUUCUCAUAUUUUCAAAGCUCCAGUUAUUCAAAUGAGUUCUUUUGGGGUAAUGUUUGACAACUUCCAAAUUAUCGGAGCUCCAACACACCCCCUUCUUUAUCCAAAAAUUCUACGACAAAAGUUAAACAAUCUCACAAUGUACGAAAAACUAACGGAACUCUAUACCCAUUAUAUGCUUGAAUAUAUGCAUUACGAAAGCAGACAUCUAGAAGAUAAAAUUUUACGAGAAAUUGUUGGACCAGAUGUACCGAGUGUCACAGAACUGGCCAAUAAUGUGGAUAUGCUGUUCUUGAAUGUGAAUCCAGUGUUUGUGGGUAUACGACCUGUUCCACCAACCGUUGUGUUCACGAGUGGUCUGCAUCAGAUCCAACAGAAAGAACUGCCUAAGGAUCUGAAAUCAUAUUUGGAUUCUUCCAAAAACGGUGUUAUUUACAUCAGUUUCGGCACAAACAUGGACCCAGCUGGGCUCCCCGCUGAUAGACUCCAAGUCCUCGUGAAAGCAUUCUCUCAGCUGCCUUACGAUGUGUUAUGGAAGUGGAACGGAGACGAGCUGCCUGGACGUACUGCAAACAUCAGAAUCUCAAAGUGGUUGCCGCAGUCAGAUCUACUCAAACAUCCUAAAAUAAAAGUUUUCGUGACGCAAGGAGGUCUACAAUCUACAGAUGAAGCAAUAACUGCUGGCGUUCCUUUGAUUGGGAUCCCAAUGUGGGGCGAUCAAUGGUUCAACGUUGAAAAAUAUGUUACACAUAAUAUCGGUAUUGGAUUUGACUUAGAUGACAUGACAGUCGAAAACUUCAAAAACGCACUGCUGAAGAUUAUAAAAAAUGACAGUUACAGACAAAAUGUAGUAAGACUGCGUACUCUGAUGCAUGAUGAGGUGCAGACUCCACUGGAGCGCGCCGUGUGGUGGACGGAGUACGUGCUGCGGCACGGCGGCGCGAAGCACCUGCGCUCGCCCGCCGCCAACAUCUCGUGGUGGGAGUACCUAGAACUGGAACUGGUGCUCACAUUACUGGCAGGACUAUUAGUCGUUCUAUUUACUUUUGGAGUUAUAUCGUAUAAAUUAUUCAAGUAUUUCUUCAAACCAAUUUCAGCUCCAGUAAAAUUGAAAAGUUCGUAGGUAAAAAUUUUGUGUCCUAAUAAAUACUUCUUGCCGUGUCUGAAUGACCCUAUGGUUGACCAGUAAAGACUGAAUCGAAUCGAGUUCGUCUUUGUAUAAUUUUCAUGUUCAGAAAGAAAUAAUUAAGGACUCAAAUUCGAGUCUACUCAUUUAAUGAGCAGACGCAGUCGUAAUUUAAAGAUUUAUUUAAUUUUACUCACGAAUAAAAUGUAGCCUUUGUGGUAAUUUUAUUUUGAUCGGUCUUGCAGUCCGAGUGUGGAGAGGAAACAAACAUACUUUGUAUAUUAUAGGCCUUUCACAGUUAUAAAAAACUGUGAUUAGUGUAUUUAUGUUGUACUGAAGUUAGAAGACCAAAUUAUUUUUUUUGCAACACAAUGUUUGUUUUUCUCAAUUAUUGAAAAUAUAUUAUUGUGAAUCAAG